CCGCAGUUCGCCCGCAGCAUGGAACCGUAUCUCAGCUUCCGCGGCCGCCGGGCCCUGGUGACUGGAGCUGGCAAAGGGAUCGGGCGCGCCGUGGCCGUGGCGCUGAGCAAGGCCGGGGCUCGCGUGACCGCCCUGAGCCGUACCGCCGCGGACCUGGAGAGCCUCGAGCGAGAGUGCCCCGGGAUCAAGUCCCUGUGCCUGGACCUGGCCGACUGGGACGCCACGGAGGCGGCGGUGAGCGCGGCGGGGCCCUUCGAGCUGCUGGUGAACAACGCGGGAGUGGCGAUGCUGCAGCCCUUCCUGGAAGUGACAAGGGACGCCCUGCAGCGGUCUUUUGAUGUGAAUCUUCACGCUGUGCUUCAUGUUUCCCAGAUAGUUGCUCGACAGAUGAUUGCACAGGGGGUGCCAGGUGCUAUUGUGAACGUCUCCAGCCAGGCGUCCCAGCGCGCUGUACGGGACCACGCUGUUUACUGUUCCACAAAAAGUGCUUUGGAUAUGCUGAGCCAGGUAAUGGCAAUGGAACUGGGACCCCACAAGAUUAGGGUGAACACUGUGAACCCCACAGUGGUUAUGACUGACAUGGGGAGAGCUAACUGGAGUGAUCCUCAGAAAUCUGCUGCCAUGAUUAGUCGGAUUCCACUAGGAAAGUUUGCAGAGGUGGAUGAUGUGGUGAACAGCAUUCUCUUCCUGCUGAGUGACAAGAGUGCUAUGACAACUGGCACCUCGCUGAUGGUGGAUGGGGGAUUUCUUGUCUCCUAAGACGGCACCUGAAUUGCACAUCUCAUACUGGUACUGCAUAGAUAGAACCUGGAUAGAAAACAGUGAAACAGAGCAAGCCUUGCUGGAGAAGAAGGGCAGCAGGGCUGGAAUCUGUAUGAGA